CUUCGUCUUGUCGGAGAUAUCGUCUCCUCCCCUCAAGUUUAUCAUCCCAUCACCAAAUUCUUCUGAAACGACGAACAAUUUUGGUGGAUUCUCAGUUCAGAUUCAUCCAUUAGAGUUGCGAUGAGUGGUGAGAAUGGCGGCAGCAGCAGCGGCAUCAUGUGGUUCUUCAGGGACAAAGGCUUCGACGAUCAGAGCAUCCAAAAAAUGGUGAAGAAAUGCAAGCAAUUGCAGAAUUCCCCCACCGACUUAGCCUCUGAGAACUGGUCCUACUUGAAAAGCAUCGGCAUUCACGAGCGAAAACUCCCUCAUAUCGUCUCUCGUUGCCCUAAAAUCCUCACUUUCCGCCUCCAUGAAAGGGUUCAGUGCCUCUCCACUCUCGGCUCGAACCCUCGCGACGUUGCUUCUGCAAUCACCAAGUUCCCUAAUGUCCUCUCCCAUGGCGUCGAGGAGAGACUCUGCCCGCUUCUUGCCUUCUUCCAAGCCUUGGGAGUGCCCGAGAAGCAGCUCGGGAAGAUGCUACUUUUGAACCCUAGACUCAUCAGUUACAGCAUCGACACCAAGCUUUCAGACAUCGUGAGCUUUCUCUCGAGCCUUGGUCUUUCCAGAGAUGGUGGGAUGGUCGGGAAGGUUCUGAUGAAGAACCCCUUUUUCAUGGGUUAUAGUGUUGAGAAAAGGCUGAGACCCACCAUUGAUUUCUUGCGUUCUGUGGUCGGUCUGAGGGAGGAAGGUAUCCAGACAGUGGUGAUGAACUUCCCAGAAGUCGUUUGCAGAGAUUCUGACAAGAUUCUCAGACCAAACUUCGAAUAUCUCAAGAGAUGUGGAUUUGGGGAUGCAGACAUUGUAACAAUGGUGACUGGUUAUCCUCCGAUUCUGAUCAAAAGCAUCAAGAAUUCGUUAGAGCCAAGGAUCAGAUUCCUGGUGGAGAAGAUGGGGAGAGGGAUGGAAGAAGUGGUUGAUUAUCCUGAAUACUUCAGGCAUGGAUUGAAGAAGAGGGUGGAAUCACGGUAUAAGUUGCUCAAACAGAAGAACAUUACUUGCAGCCUAAGCGAGAUGCUGGACUGUAACACGAACAAGUUUCGUCAAAGGUUUGGCUUUUCGGAAGGAGUUGCUUAGUAAAAUCCUUUCUAGCUUUGUUAUAUGAUUUUUGCCUCUGCAAGGAUUUUCUUCGGCAGCUCUGUGUGUGUAAUCUUCAUUAAGUUGGUUUAGAGAAAAAAAAAAAGGCAUUGGUGAUGAAUGACAUUAGUAAAUCUCUCCAUCUCCUUGGAAUCUCCUUCCUGUUAUUGAUUCUCUUGUCAAAUUCAUUCGCCGGGGAGGUUCUUUCA